AUGGCUGAAGCUUGUAAAAUCAGGGAGAUGAGAUCCACGGGUAAUACCUUGUCAUGGUCUGGAAAGAGGGACCACGUUUGGAUACAGUGUCGCCUGGAUUGUAGCUUUGGCAAUGAUGAAUGGUUCCGUCUCUUUCCUCAAUCUUCAACAGAAUAUAUGAGAACGUGGUCAUCAGAUCAUCGCCCUCUAAGAAUAGAGUUUGCUCUGGAACCAGAGAGCUUGAAGAGAGGACGUUUUUACUUUGACAAACGGAUGUAUGGAAAGAGAGGUGUAGAGGAAGCCAUAGUUCGGGGAUGGGAGGCUGAGAAUGACUCCCCGAAUCUAACGGUACUGGAGCGCAUUGUGCGUUGUAGGACAGAGCUAGCUAAACUCAAAAAGGCUAGUGACUGGAACUCCAAAACGCAGAUAGAGGGACUGCAGAAUGAACUCGAUCGAGAAGAUGUGAUCAUAGCGCAUAACAAUGUGAUCAUAGUGCAUGAGCUCGUGCAUCGUUUGAGAACAAAUGACACGAUCGGAUGUCGAAGUAUGGCUGUCAAAACGGACAUGUCUAAAGCCUACGACCGUGUUGAAUGGAAUUUCCUUGAGGUAUUACUUGAGAAGAUGGGAUUCGAUAGAAGAUGGAUCAGUUGGACGAUGUCUUGCAUAAGCACAGUCUCUUUCUCUAUAUUGCUCAAUGGUAGAUCACAUGCUAAAGGCAAACUUCAUGGCGUCAAACUUGCAGCGACAAGCCCUCCAGUUCAUCAUUUGUUGUUCGCAGACGACAGCCUGUUAAUGUGUGAUGCUUCUGUCAUUGAGAGUGAAGAAAUAACCAGAUGUUUGAAGCUAUAUGGAGACGCUUCAGGCCAGCUUAUUAAUCAAACAAAGUCAUUGAUUAUCUUCGGGAGUAGAAUCGAAGAUCAAACUAAAGCUGACAUCAAACUGGCUUUGGGCAUAGAUAGAGAAGGUUGUGAAGGUACGUAUUUGGGACUACAGGAAUGUUUCCAGCGCUCCACAAAAGACCUUCUCAACUCUAUAAAAGAAAAGCUUGAAGGUAGGCUCCAAGGAUGGUACUCAAAGACGCUAUCUCUAGGUGCAAAAGAGACCUCUGUGCAAGGAUCACAAGUGCUAUUGUUGAGUAAACCUAAAGAGCAAGGAGGGCUUGGCUUUCAUGAUAUUGGAAGAUUCAACCAAACGCUCUUAGGUAAACAGGCAUGGAGAAUCUGGAGCAACCCUAACUCGCUAGUUUCAAGAGUACUCAAAGGGAAAUAUUUGAAAAGAGGGACUUUCUUAGACUGUGGUAUAGGCUCACGACCCCCCUUUGCUUGGAGGAGCAUUAUGCAUGGUAGAGAGCUUCUAACACAAGGUCUGGUUAGGAAAAUAGGCAAUGGAACUAGCUCUAAUGUGUGGGGUGAAAAAUGGAUCAUUGAUAUAAUCCCAAGACCACCUAUGUACAAGGAAAACAUCACUACGAAUCUGGCUCUCAACGUGUCCGACUUACUCAUUCAAGGUACAAGCAUGUGGAACCUGAACUUGCUGUUUCAGACUUUUACACCAGAGGAUGUCGAGAGGAUAAUGAUGAUAAGACCAUGCGUGAAUCAGGAGGAUUCAAUACGGUGGGGCUUUACUAAGAGAGGUGAUUACCCUACUCAGAGUUGUUAUAAGUUGUUGGAAGCUUUAGUCGAUUUCGAACAUCCACAGACUAGAGCCUUACCUCUUAUUGAGAGGCAACUUUGGAGGAAUAUCUGGAAAAUCAAAGCACCACCAAAAAUCAAACACUUCAUUUGGAGAGCUCUUUCUGGUGCUCUAGCGGUAAAAGAACGCUUGAUCACUCGUGGUAUUCAGAUGGACACUACGUCUAACGUGCCUUUUCCAACUUCGGGCUUCUCAAGGAAUUCGGUGUUCUUAAACUUUGUUCACCUCUUAAAAGUCUCAGACUCAAAGGCAGGGGAACCCACUUCGCGGAAUGUUUUCCCAUGGUUAGUUUGGGAGCUAUGGAAGGCGAGGAACGCUUUGGCGUUUGAAAAUAAAUCUCUAUCGGCUCACACCAUUGCUGCCAAAGCUUUCGAGGAAGCGUACUCUUGGCAGAACACCCUGAACCUUACUGAGAACUCUGGUGGCCUCCAUGAAGAGGGGGAGUAA